GAAAUGCCCAGCGUCUUCUAAAAAUUGUGUUGCAUCUUUGAUUCUCAGUUUAUCAGCUGCAUUUGAUAACAGCUUUUUGUACGAUUGAAGAUGGAGUUUACUACCUUUGCAGAGCAGAUCCAAUCCGGUCACCCGGCCAACUUCCCUGCCAAUGCGACAAGCUUUGAAUUCGCCCAGAAACUUGACGCACAAGACAGUCUCGGGCACCUGCGUGAUGAGUUCAUUAUACCGACAAAGGGUUCUUUGAAGAAAAAGUCCUUGAAUGGCACCCUUCCCAAUAAGCAAGCAUUCAAUGGUCAAGCAACCGGUGUUAACGGCAUUCAUUCAGCUAGCAAGUCAACAGCAGACGACGAAACCCCGUCAGUCUACUUUUGUGGCAACUCAUUGGGAGUUCCACCCAAGGCAGUCAAGGAGUACAUUCAUGCUCAAUUGGAGACCUGGGCCUCAAUUGGGGUAAACGGUCACUUUCGGGGACUCGAAAACUCCCCACUAGUGUGCUGGCAAGACAUGGCAGAGGAUGUAGCGAAGAAGAGUGCGCAAAUUGUCGGUGCUUUGCCUGAGGAGGUUGUUAUGAUGAACACCUUGACGGUCAAUUUGCAUUUCUUGAUGGCUAGCUUCUACCGACCAACAGAGAAGAGGCACAAGAUCAUUCUUGAAUGGAGGCCAUUUCCAAGUGAUCAUUAUGUCAUCGAAUCUCAGAUCCAGUGGCAUGGCUUGAACCCAGCCAAGUCGAUGGUCCAGAUGCAACCAAAUGAGAACUUCUAUAUUUCUACGGAUUCGAUUUUAAAGACAAUCGAUGAGCACGCAGAGGAAACUGCCUUGAUCCUACUUCCAGGUAUCCAGUACUACAGCGGACAGCUUUUCGACAUGUCUCGCAUUACUGAAUACGCCCAGUCAAAGGGCAUCAUCGUUGGCUGGGACCUUGCACACGCAGCUGGUAACGUCGAGUUGAAGCUUCAUGACUGGAACGUUGACUUUGCUGCAUGGUGUACCUACAAAUACCAGAAUGCAGGACCAGGAUCCAUGGCCGGUGCCUUCGUGCACGAACGUCACGGAAAGGUUGACACAAGUGAGGGCAAGCCACAGUUUCGACACAGACUCACUGGAUGGUACGGAGGCGACAAAUCUGUACGAUUCGAUAUGGAUAACAACUUCCUUCCUACCGUCGGUGCUGGUGGUUUUCAAUUAUCGAACCCUUCAGCGAUUGACUUAGCAUCGCUCUCGGGUGCUCUUUCCGUAUUCAGCAAGACGAACAUGACUGAACUGCGAACGAAGUCACUCGUGCUGACGGCGUACGCAGAGCACCUGCUAGACACUAUAUUGGCAGACGAUACUGGCAGUGAACCAGCUUUCCGAAUCAUUACGCCAAGAAACGCACAUGAAAGAGGUGCUCAGCUCAGCAUCCUCUUGAGGAACGGCAUGUUGGACCGUGUUUCUGAGGCUUUCGUUAGUGAAGGUGUCGUUUGUGACAAGCGGAAACCAGGUGUCAUUCGUAUUGCGCCGGUGCCUCUGUAUUGCACAUUCCAAGACGUAUGGAAAUUUAUGGACAUUUUCAGAAAAGCAAUUGUAUAAGGACGAAUUUGAUCACUGAUGGUUGUCGAUUGACAUUAUCAACCUGGUCAUCGACCAAUUUAACAUUAGGACGAGGAGAAUUUAGCUCACAAGCACCCGCAGCCAAAAUACUAGAAUGGGCACUUGGUCAUAUGUUUUUGCGUCUAAUUCUAACUCGGAGAGGCUUCAUGUAUUGGAUAAAAAAGCGAUGUCGGCUCGGCAAAGUCACCGUUAAACGUAUGAUCGAGAGGAACCUUGCAUAAGACACAAAAUUGAUUCUGAGACGCUUGCCUGGAACAAAUGGAAUCUUUUCAACUACGAGACAGCGGACCAUAAGUUUAUUGACAACAAAGGCACGUUUUAAUGUCAAUUAUUCUGUCAAGAUAUUCCAAGAGACUGCUGCAAGGCUUAGCAAUUACGACGGUAGAUGAGAUGUUCUUGGAUGUAAAAUGGUGUUUUGACUUAUGAUGAAGC